AUGUCCACAGAGCCCUCGGAUCCUGCCGGUUCCCCUGAGUCCAGGAGUCCCCCCGCACCUGCCCAGGGAGAUCUGUGCGCCCACCCGCCUCAGCUGUCUCCCUGCCUGCAGGGGGCGCCAUCACAGGUCCCAGCAGGUGUGUUAUCUACAGUGGGACAGUCAGGAUACACCUUCCAGGGCCCCCAGGAUGGCACGUUGCACAUGCUCUACCCCAAACCCAUCUACUCCUACAGUAUUCUUAUUUUUAUGGCACUGCGGAGCAGCCAGACUGGGAGCCUGCCUGUGAGUGAGAUCUACAGCUUUAUGACUGAACACUUCCCCUAUUUCAAGACUGCCCCUGAUGGUUGGAAGAAUUCCGUCCGCCACAAUCUGUCUCUGAAUAAGUGCUUUGAGAAGGUGGAGAAUAAGGCCGGGGGCGGGUCCUCACGGAAGGGCUGCCUGUGGGCACUGAACCCCGCUCGCGUGGAGAAGAUGCAGGAGGAGCUGCACAAGUGGCGCCGCAAGGACCCGCUCACCGUGCGCAAGAGCAUGGCCCGGCCAGAGGAGCUGUGUCGCCUGCUGGGAGAGAGGCCUGAGGGGCCGAUGCCCAGCCCCGCCCACUCCAGCCUCCCACACAGUCCCAGACAGCCUCAGGUUCCACGUGCUCCAGGGUUCGACCCACCUGCUUACACAUUCAGACACUCGCUCCAAAACCCCACCCCUUCCCUGGCUAUGGGGCCACGCCCCCACUACCUGCCCCCUUCCCCCCUCCCAUUCACAUACUCCUCCCCCCCACCACAGCUCUCCUGUGGGGUCCCACCUCUCACAGGCAGCCAGGACUCCCCUCUGCCAGCACAGACCCCCCCUGCUUACAGCGCCACCCUACAGGCCGAGCACUGCGCCCCCAGGAGCAUGCAGGAGCUCCUGAUGGAGGGGGAGCUCUGCAAUGACAUUGACACCCUCAACCCCUCCCUCACCGACCUACAGCUACAAGAUAACCUGUGGGAGGAGCUGAGAGACGACAGCCUCACGCCUGACACGCUGCAGCUGAUCUCCCCCUCGCCCUGCUCGCCCCCGUCACCCCCCGCCGCCCUGCAGUGCCCCUCACUCUGGGACGGCUGCCCGAUGGGUGUUGGCCCUGCGGCCGACGAGGCGGGCAUGUCUGGGGUGCGGGAGGAAGGGGCGGGGCACCUGUCAAAUCUUCACAUCACUGGACUUUACUCCACGGCCUUCACUAACCUGGAGGGUGUGACCAGCUACCUGCCAACCACAGGAAAUGCCCCAAUCACACUGUUGUGA